UUCGUACCAAACUAUCAAGCUUGUGCUGUGUUGAUAAAUCAGGACAAAUCUCUUUACUACACGAGCACUAUUGCCUUGACAAGUACUUCAGAACAGAUCAAAUAGAUGGCGAUAUCUGCCGGAUCCGUUAAAUAUUUUGCCGGGAUCUUGUGGACGAACGUUUAAUCAAAAUCAACGCUAUAAGCAAUGUUGCGCAUAACCCCGCGUUGUUAUUUGAUUUCAACGAAAUAUUUCAACGAAACAGAGUGCGAAGUAGGAGCGACGAAAUUCUGUUUGAUCGUCAGUCCAUACAAAAAACUGUAAUGAAAAUAUUUCCAAAUAAAAUUGUUUUGUUGAAAUAAAUGAAAAUAUACGUAAACUCAUGGAAAAAUGGACUAGAAAUCAAAUAACGAAUACAGAAAUUUUUAAAAACUUAAAAAACUUCUUAUUAGUACAAAUUAUGCCAGCAGCGAUUGAUGACACGCUAUUGUUGACAGCUUUAAAGAAUUAGAAUGAUAGAAAACAAAUUGAUGCCAUCUCAUACUAAUCAAAAUAAUCGCAGCAGCUGUCAGCUGAUUGUGUGUUGGUUGGCAUCCGAUCAACGAGAGUAAGAGAGAAGGUAUAUAAACGACAAGCAGAUGGAGAGCAAAACAGUGGACGCAAAGGAAUAAAAGCUACUUUGUUGCUACGUAAAUAAAUAACUCAUGUUCCUAAUCUUACCUCGACUCGCUCGAGAAAAAUAGUCUCGAUUGAUAACUCUGCGAGUCUAAGAUGAAGAUGUAAAACAACAAUAAGUCGAAAAUGUGACAAGUGUUGAAGAGCUGCUUGAGAGUUUUCAGUUAUUCUGGUCGAGACUGAUCCUUCGUUGCUGAGUUAUACAAACAAUUCUUGGAGGUUUCAUAAUGGAGGUGAUAAGUGACAAGUUUUUCUACGUAUACAGCUCCUCUCUCGAAACAAGGAUCCAAAUAAAAAUAGGAACUUUGGAGGGCAAACGACAGAGACCAGAAUACGACAAGCUACUCCUGGAUCCUAUGAUCAAGUUCUCUGGCCUGUACGGAGCUGGUGGAGGCAAAGGUGACUUGGCGGCUUCGUUACAAGUUUGGGGAGGUGGAAGACCUCUUGCUCUCCCCGUUACUACAGCCUAUAAACACUUUACUUCACGAUGGAACUGGAAUCAAUGGGUAACUCUGCCGAUAUCGUACUCGGAUUUGCCAAGGGAUGCACAACUGUGUAUAACUCUGUACGAUUGUGCGGGUCCUGGCACUCAAAUACCAGUGGGAGGAACAACAAUUUCCCUCUUUGGAAAGCAUGGUGUUUUCCGACAAGGGAUGCUGGAUCUGCGAGUGUGGCCAGGAGUCGAGGCGGAUGGAUCAGUGCCUACUUCGACUCCUGGAAAAGCAAGAGAUCAUGGCAAAGAACAGAUGCAAAGAUUGGCCAAACUCGCUAAAAAGCGUCGCAACGGUCAAAUGAGCCGUGUAGAUUGGCUAGACAGAUUGACGUUUCGAGAGAUUGAAUUAAUCAAUGAAAGAGAAAAAAGGGCCUCGGAAUAUCUGUAUCUUAUGGUUGAAUUUCCUGAAGUUCUGAUGGACGGAAUUCCGUAUUCAGUCGUGUAUUACGAGAAGGAUGGAGACGAGGUUGUCCAGCACAGAUCUCAGCCUGAUGUAGUCACUUUACCCGAUUACGAGAUUCUUCAGGAAAAUCUGGUAGAGGCUAAACAUCACAAAUUAGCGCGAAGCUUGCGAAGCGGAGGCAACACGAAGGAAGUGAAACCAACGUCGAGCGUGAGGGAUGCUCUCAAUACGAUUCUCGCUUAUCCUCCGACCACGAGCCUCUCCACCGAGGAACAGGAUCUCAUUUGGAAAUUUAGAUUUUACUUGUCGAAUCAGAAGAAAGCUUUGACAAAAUUCGUUAAAUGCGUCAAUUGGAAAGUUGCGGGUGAGGAACGCCAAGCACUGGAAAUGCUCGCACUCUGGACCCCGCCCGAUCCCGAAGACGCCCUUGAACUUCUCGGACCUGCAUUCACUCAUCCAGCAGUCAGAAGAUACGCGAUUGGCCGGCUCAAUCAAGCUCCCGACGAUGAUCUCAUGCUCUAUUUGCUUCAACUGGUACAAGCGUUGAAGUACGAAGAUUUCGAGAGUAUUAAAAUCGCUAAUCAGAAAUUAUUCAAGGAUUCUGAUAGAAAUGACAAAAUCGAAAAAGACUCGAAAGCGAAUGAUCACUCAACGUCCACGCCAAUGUCUACGUCGAGCGAAUCGGAAACGGGACCGUCUUCGUGCAGCCAAGAACCACCGAUGGAUCUCGCAUCUUUUCUCAUAACACGAGCAUGUCAAAAUUCAACAUUGGCCAAUUAUCUUUACUGGUACUUGUCAAUCGAGUGCGAGGAUCAACCAGAUCCUGCAAUAACCGUGAAACAGGACACGAGAGUGCGCGAGAUGUACGUUACCGUGAUGAAAAUGUUUUCUAUGGCGUUGUCACAGGGCAACUUCGUGUGGCAAAACAGACGCGCUUUUCUCAAUAGGCAAAAAAUAUUCAUCGAUCAAUUGGUAUCGCUCGUGAAAGCUGUAGCUCGGGAAAGCGGUAAUCGAAAGAGAAAGACCGAUCGACUGAAAGCAUUACUCGCCGAUCCGGACCCCGUUUUCAAGAUCAACUUCUCCAAUUUUGAACCAAUACCUUUUCCGUUGGAUCCUGAAAUAUCCAUCAAAGGAAUCAUACCGGAGAAAGCCUCCCUCUUCAAGUCGGCUUUGAUGCCUUCGAAGCUUACUUUUUUGACAACAGAAAACACCGAGUACAUCGCUAUAUUCAAGCACGGGGACGAUCUCCGACAGGAUCAGCUUAUUCUCCAAACGAUUGCGCUGAUGGACAAACUAUUGAGGCGAGAGAAUUUAGACUUGAAGUUGACGCCUUAUCGAGUUUUAGCAACGAGCACGAGGCACGGAUUUCUACAAUUUAUCGAGUCGAUUACUGUCGCUGAGGUUUUGGCAAGCGAAGGCUCGAUAUUGAAUUUUUUCCGGAAACAUCAUCCAUCGGAAACUGGACCUUACGGCGUCGCUUCGGAAGUGAUGGAUACAUACGUUAGAAGCUGCGCUGGUUAUUGUAUAAUCACGUACGUUUUGGGUGUCGGGGACCGACAUUUGGACAAUUUACUUUUAACGACGUCUGGAAAAUUAUUUCACAUUGAUUUCGGGUACAUCUUGGGUCGAGAUCCAAAGCCACUGCCCCCGCCCAUGAAGCUGAGUAAAGAAAUGGUGGAAGCUAUGGGCGGGGUGGGAUCGGAGCAUUACCACGAGUUUCGUAAGCAAUGUUACACGGCGUUUUUACAUCUUCGAAGACACGCCAACUUGAUGCUGAACCUAUUCUCUUUGAUGGUUGACGCGAGUGUGCCGGAUAUCGCGCUCGAGCCGGACAAAGCGGUGAAAAAAGUUCAGGACAAAUUACGCUUAGAUCUGAGUGACGAAGAAGCCGUUCAUUACGUACAGAACCAGCUGGACUUAUCCGUGACCGCGGUAAUGGCUGCUCUCGUCGAGCAGCUUCACAAAUUUGCACAAUAUUGGCGAAAAUAAUGAACGGUGACGCUUUUUCUUAUCCCCGUGGCAAAAUCAACAUUGUCUGUAAAUAUAUUAUAUAUAUAUUUGUAAGUAUAUUACUUUUCAAAUGAAAUAUUAUUGAUUCUAUUUUGAAAUUGUUUUCGACGAAUAAACAUGUUUCGUAAACAAAUAAAAGGUACUUGAAUGCUUCGCGACAAUCCAAAACUCUUCAGAAGUGACGUGUUUGAGAGUAUUUUCGUGUCUGUAUGUCAAUUGUUUUUCUCCUAUACAGUGAGCAAGAGCUGAUCACUCACGAUACUUGCUGACAAUUAAUUUGACGCUCUCGGUAAUAAGAGAGAAAUAGUCCAUCGAACGAAUCAUUUGUUACGUAAAUAUUCGUAUAUUUAUUUUUAUUUCAUAGUUUUACAUUUGCGUAUGUGGUGCACACUGUAGAAAUUAAAAAGUAAUAUUGUUAGUGUUCGAAAAUAUGAAGUUGUAAUUGAUACGGUUGUAAUUUAACCGUUUUUUUAUUCAUUAAAUCCACCGUUUCAUGUAUUUAUUCGACGUAGCACAGACACUAGUUCGUUUGAUCCGACAUUACCAGAAAGUUUCAUAGAAAACGUAACAAUUUGGUUUUUUUUUUUUCGUUUCUUCAAUUUCUUUCGUUUGUAUUCCUCAUUCUAUAAUUUACUCGGAACAUAGGAACGCAGUUUUUAUCUUUCGUCCGGCAAUAAUGAAACUCUUUACGUCAAUGGUAAACUAGGAAUGAGGAGAUGUAAGAGAGGACAUCAACAAUCCAAUUAUUCGUAAUUCAAAUUUUGUAUAUGAAAAAAAAAACAAAAAAAAAAGAAGAUUCGUAUUCUAUUACACUUGAACAUUGGCGGGACGAAGUAGUAUGAAUAAUGCACAUAUCUCUCGCUCUCCCUCUUUUGAAUAUUAACAUAAUAUUUACACGUGUGACCAUGAUUUAACAAUGCCACGAAAAAAUAAAAACAUUUAUUUUGAAUAACAUGAGACUAUAAAGAAUAUAAUAUAAUGUAUCGAUCGCUUGGGAUCUUUAGAAAAUUCGUCGUGUUCGAAAAGUUCCCGGUAUAAAAGACAGACGGGAUAUGAGAAAAUUUUUCAUGCAACAUUAUCAAGUAGUAUAAAGUCGUUAAUUUUGUUAUUUCUGUUUCGACGAUAACCGUAUUUUUAAAUUGUUCAUCUGUCACCGUGAAACGUGUACGCGAGUCGAGAUUAAAAAACGUGCACAGAAAA